AUGGGUGGUGAUUCCACUCUUUCUCAUGAUGAAGAAGAUUAUUGCUUGGAGGAGAAUUUUCCCUUGCUUUCUUCGCAAUCCCCUUCUGCUCUCAGGGAUAAUCUGGAUUUGCAGCAUGAAGACAAUAGAGCAGAUGGGGAAAAUGGGUUAAUUUUUAGUGAAAUUCUUGAAGAAAGUACACAGCUUUCUUCUAAAUCUAAUGUUGAUUUUGAAGUCAAUGAAAGGAAAAGGUCCAGUAUCUACCAAGAAAUCCUGCAAAGUUAUGAUGAAUUGGAGAUUCGUAGUGAGGAUUUGAAAGAGGCAAAAGAAAACAUCUUGAGCUAUAAGCCUGGAGCAUGGAUUGAGAAGGUUGGUGGCUUAAAGUUAAGAGAUUAUGAUGUACCAAAGACAACAUGCCUCUUAUUGGUUGGUCCUAGUGGAUCUGGGAAAAGUAGUCUCAUAAAUAGGAUCUCUAAGGUGUUUGAGAAUGACAAAUUUGCGCCAGCUAGAGCACAAGAAUCAUAUAAUUCACUUACAGGGGAUGGAACAUACUUCCUCCAGGAGUAUAUGAUUCCAAGAGAUUCAAAUUCUAUCUGUCUGUAUGAUACACGUAGUUUGGCAGAUACCUCGCACCAGAAUGAGAAUAUUAAAAUGCUGAAGAGUUGGAUGACCAAAGGUGUUCACCAUGGAGAGCUUGUUGUCAGGAAAACUGACAAUCAGAAAUUGAGGAAAAGUUUGAAGGGUAAAGCUCACAAGAAAGGUUAUUUUUCCAGUAUGACCAGAAAAGUUAAUUUUGUAAUUUAUGUUGUUAAUGGUCUUUUGGUUCUGAAAGCAAUGGAGAAUACCAGUGCUUUGGAGACACAGUACAUUGAAACAAUUGUUUCUACUUUCAAUUGCCCAUUCCUGUCAUUCAAAGAUGACAAGCCUGUACUUGUUUUCACUCAUGGAGAUCUCCUUUCAUUCUCUGACCGUGCUCGUGUCCAUGCACAUUUGGGAAAGUUAUUGGGAAUUCCACCAACAAAGCAAAUUUUUGACAUCCCGGAUUGUGACUGUCCAGUGACUGAGUCUGCCAUAAUUGGAAUGUUACGAUAUAGUCUCGAGCAUGCUGACAGAAAUUUUCCUCAGAAAAACAAGGUUAUGGAUAAGGUUCAUAAAAUAUCUUUAUCACUAUGCAUGAUUUUGCUGAUUCUAGGAAUAGGAGUUGCUAUUGGCAUGACACAAAAUAAGUUCAUACACCAGCCUCAUGCCCCUCAACAGCAAGCUCGUGGUAGAAAAGUUCAUGCCACAAGUUCAAAGGUGAAAAUUAAGCAACCCAAAAUCGAGUGGCAUAAAAUUCGGCACAUAUGGUAGCUGUAAAUAGUGUU